GAAUUUCACUUCAGUAAAAGCGGUUUCAUCGGCAUAAUUUUCAUUCAUUUUCUUUUUUCAUUAAACGUGCUGCCAGUUAAUAAUAAGGGAAUUAAAUCGUUGAGAAAAGAAAAGACUGAACUUGGAAUCAACAGGUACCCAUCUUUUACCUUGAACGAAUUUCAAAAAGAGUGCCGUGUUCUCCUCUCCGUGUCGCCAUCUCCAUCUUGAAGAUUGAUCUCUCUUCCCCAUCUUCAAGCAUUCUCUUUAUACGAAGCCAUCCGCUUUCUGGUAUGCCUACCAAAUUUGACUGAAUUUUCAAAUGGUUUUGGAGAUUUCUGUCAAGUCUGCUACUAUUUUUUCCAAGUUAAGGUUUUUAGCUGCUGUAAAUUUCUGGGUAUCCCUGCUUUUUGGAGUUUCGAGGAGAAGAUUCCAUUUUUGAGGAUGUCAUUUUUUAAGUACCUUUUGGGUGAUAUCAAAACUGAAGUCUCAGUGCUAAUGCUAUAUAGCUCUACAUCUUUUUCAGAGAUCUUCAGUUACACAGCUUGCAGACAGUUAUCUCAGAUGUUUUUGGCCAUUAUCUUCUUUCAUGUGUCUGAAUACAUACUAGCCAUUGCCUUUCAUGGAAAAUCAAAUGUUACUCUGAGUUCGCUUCUCAUCAGCAAAAAUUAUCUUCUGGCAAUGAUAUUUUCACUGCUAGAAUACUUUAUUGAGAUUUCUUUAUUUCCUGGGAUGAAGGAAUAUUGGUGGGUAAGUAGCUUGGGUCUUGCUAUGGUGAUAAUUGGGGAACUUAUUCGGAAAAUAGCAAUUAUAACAGCUGGGCGGUCCUUCACACAUCUUAUCAAGGUUCAUCACGAGGAGCAUCACAAGCUGAUUACACAUGGAAUCUAUAGAUUUGUUCGUCAUCCAGGAUACUGUGGUUUCUUCAUUUGGUCAGUUGGCACUCAAAUAAUGUUGUGUAAUCCCAUAUCGACAAUCGGAUUUGCUUUUGUUGUCUGGCGCUUUUUUGCAGAGCGGAUACCAUAUGAAGAGUAUUUCUUGAGGCAUUUUUUUGGGUCUGAAUACGUGGAAUAUGCUCGGGUAACACCCUCUGGGGUUCCAUUUGUGAAAUGAAGACUUAGAGCUAGAAGCACACUUGCAUUCAUUUUGCUGCGAUUCAUUUAAUCCAGAGGAGCAAUAGGAGAGACAUGAUGCUCUUCUAUUGAGGUGAUUUGGUACUUUCAAAAUGAACUGAUCAACCAUGGAUCACUAUCUCUAUGUAUGUCACAACGGUUGUGUUUGUCGCUAACAACUAAUGAUUGGCAUAUUUCUUGAAUAUGAAGGUCGUAAAACUGAAGGUACUUAAAAUGUUGCGAGUCGAUUUAAACAAUUUGCAGAAGAGUAUAAUGCAAUGUAACCAUAUGUAGUUCGUUGAACGUAAGAUUUGCUCGUGAUUUGAUCACUAUAACAAAUAAGAAUAAUAAUCUUAUAAAUCAA